GAGGUGGCAGUGGUGUUCCUGUCGGAUUUGGUCGACGGCGAGCGGACGCCGACAAAGCUGCAAAACAAGUUGCGACUGUGUUUUAAGGAUUUCUCGAAAAAGUGCUCGGAUGCGCUGAGGAAAAAUAAGAACCUGAUUGGGCCCGACCAGAGGGAUUAUCAGCGUGAGUUGGAAAGGAAUUAUCACAGAUUUAGUGACAGAUUGAUGCCGUUGAUUGCGAAUAGGGGAGGAGGAAUGAAGAGGAAGUAGGGAGAGAAAAGGAAGAAAAGUAGGUAGAGAAAGUAGGAAAAAAUGAAGAGAAUUAGGCAGAGUAAGUAGGAUAAAAAAGAAAAUGAAGAGAAGUACGUAGAGGAAGUAGGAGAAAAGUACUAGAAACAAAAGAGAAUUUGUAGAAUGUAGACGAAAAAACAAAGAGAAUAGGUGAUGAACAUAAUAUUAAUAAGAGAGAAAAGAUAUGAAGAGGUAGUUGAAGGAAAAAUGUUCAUAAAGUUUUAGGUAGAAUACAGAAGAACAAAACAUGUAUUAAUAGUAUUGAAUUCAGUAGUAAGAACUUAGAAAAACUACAAAUAAUUAGAAAGUGAUAGAAUAUAUUAGUUUGCAGAUAGAGUGGAGGAGGUCGUACUUAUACACAAAGCUUAGUUGGUAGACAUAUUGGAGGAGAAUAGAUAAUAGAAUACAUGUAGCUUAAAAUAGGAAGGUUGAAUAAAAAGUUGAUGAAACCUAGGUUAUUUAGAUUAGAAGUACAUAGGAGGCUACAGAUAAUUGAAGGGAAAAACUAGGUUAUUCAGAAGUAUAGGAGGCUUAAUUGAAGGAAAGUAGAAUAAUGUAGAAGAAAAGGAAUAAUAAUAAUAGGAGAAAUGUUAUUGAGGAGAAAUAUGAAGUAAAGAGCAGAAAAUACAUGGAAAGGUAGAGAAUUCAGGUGGUAAAAUGAAGAGAAAUGUUGAAUAAAACAGUACUGGAACGAAACAAAACAGAGGAGUAGAAGAUAAGACAAUCCAGUGGGAAAAUUGGAGAAAACAAAUUGAAUACCAUUUAGUAGAAAAAUGUAAAGAAAAAUACCAAAAAUACUGUAGGUAAAUGUACUGUAUAAUAUUGCUUUGUAAGAAUUAUCUACAAAAAGUAGGCCUAUUUAUAUAUAAUUGAAUUGAAGGAAAUACUUCUCUAGAGCACAAUAUCGUAAUAUUUAGAUGUAAGACAGCAUGUCUCAAUAUCCACAAAAGUUACAGCGAAAUCUUAUUUUCUAGUCACAAGCCUUCUCAUCUAUUUUAUGCAUUUGUAAAAUGUCAAAAAUAAUAUUAGACUAUCGUAACCAAAGAAAGAUUUAUAUUAUUGUAAUGGCUUGCUGAAAUAUUGAAUGGCUUGCUGAAAUAUUACCGUAUUUUUUAUCUGUAUAAUUUGGCAGAAAUUUUCACCAAAACAAAAGCCUUAAUAACAACAGCAAUAUUUUAAAAAUGAGAAAAAUAAAUAGCAUGAUCAAAAGCCUUAAAAGUAGAAAAUAAUUUUAAUGGAAAUGGGAUUGAAAAAGUGCAUUAAAAUAUCAUAAUAACAGCAAUAGGUUUUACACAAAUUUCAAGGCAAAAUUAUUUUAAUAUUUGCAUACUAGUUAAUAGUUUUAGUGUGUCUACCUAAGUAGUGCUCUAUUAAUUUGUACUAUUUAGAAAUACAUUAGGGUCUUUACCCUUGACCUAGAAUGUGUUCUACACAUUCUCAAAAUUAUAUUAUUUCAGACCCAUAGCUAAAGAUGUACACAACUUUUUCAACAGUUGUAUUAUAAUGGAAAAAAUUAAUUCAAUAAAGAAUUAAAUUUAUUUUAUUCAAUUGAGUCUUCCAUUUAGUUAACAAUUCCAAUCCAUUCUGAAGUUCAAAAUCUGUUAUUUUGAUAAAAUUUGAGUGAAGAAAAGUGAAAAUCUGUAGUAAUAUGAAUUAUCUCUUAUUAUUUCUAACUAUUGCUGUUAUUAAUGAUAAAAUCAAAGACUGAUUAGGCUAAUGUUAAUUUAUUGGCAUUGGCAUACCUAAAUGAUCUUUUGAAAUCUAUAUUUUUAGCCAGUAUUCUACAAGGUUUUUUGUAGUCUAAUAAUCUUGCUUAUUGUGUUUUACCGCAUACUAUACAAAUUAUUAGUAAUAUGCCAUUUGUAUACAUACAAGUAACUAUUAUAUAAGAUUAUUAAAAUCAAAAAGGUCAUCUAUUCCACUAAAUAUUUUUACAAAAAUAUUCAUCCAGAAAUACGAAUUGUUUGAUUCUAUUGAUUUAAAGUAAUUAUUGAAGAUAUUUGUAUCAAUAUAUUUCAUGAUUGUUUAUGUAUUCAAUCUCUACUACUUUGAUUCAAAUUUUUCUCAGUAGAAAUUGUACAAUAUUGAAUUUAAAUCGAAGCCCACAUUUUACUCCAUUUCAACUCAGAAGCCAUCUCACGAUAAUAAAGAUUGAAGAUCUCUAGUAAUUAUUUUGUAAUGUUUUCAUCGAUCACUGUAAAAUUUAUGUUUUUAUAUAUUAUAAUAAAACUUCAUGAAAUAUAUGUAUUUGUUCAAGUAGCUUUUGCUAUUUUCUUAGAUUCAUUUAAGGUAUCUCUCAAAGGAACCGUCUCCAUUGUGUUACCGUAUUUCAACAUUAUAUUUAUUAAUUUAUGUGAAUUGAAAGAUUCUCGUAAAUUGGUAAUUAUUGAAAAAAUCAAGUUGAUCAACUCUGUCACAUAUUAUAAGUCACAAACUGUUUUUAUUGUUUUCACAAUAAUUUAUUACUAGUGUCUAUUUCACUAUAUUUCAUCAAUCGUGCUACCUAUGUUACAAAAUUCUGGCCAUUCAUUCAUAUGUUACCUUUUAUGAAUGUUGUAAGUUGUAUCCCAUUCCAUAAACCUUAUUUACUUGAUAAUAUCUCUCUUCAAAAAUCGUACCCAUCUAUUUUUUCAUGUAUAAUAAUUGUUUAAUUACUAUAAUAAUAUUUUUUACAAUAUUAUUGAUGCAUCAUGUACAUUAUUCAAUCGAAUGUUUUCUGUGAUGUGUCCAGGCGUAUUGUAAUUGACCAUUGUCUUGAAAUGGACGCAAGUACCUCUAAAACAUUGACAACUGCGCACACCUCUGAAACAGUACCGACUGCGCACACCUCUGAAACAGUACGAACUGCGCACACAUCAGAAACAGUGCCCACCGCGCAAGCACAACAGUUGAACCAAGAUAGCGGAGCCGCUGAGUUGUCACAUGAAGCGCAUGCGCAACCGUUGAGUCAAGAUGGCGGGGCCGCCGAGUUGUCACAUGAAGAGUUGAUGGAAGUGACGUCAACUGCUCUCAACGAUCUGCUAAAAACGGUGACCAUACUAGCUGAUCUGCCACAAGAUGUGACCCUGGAGGAAGUGAACGCGCAGAUUGCCGUGCAGCAUGGCCAGUCCAUCACUGUCUAUGCGGUCAGGGAGGAUGGCGAAGAGAUUGCGGCUGUGGUGAACCAGAAAGGAGCACGGGUGAUCGACCUGAAGCAUGCGAUACGGAGAGCGGUUGACCUGAAACUGAAGCGAACCGGGAAAAUCGGAAAAGUCAGUGAAAAGCGGAAAAUCUCGUGGAAAUAUGUGUGGAAAACGAACCACUUGAGCUUCGACGGGGAACAGUUGAGCAACGAUCAGGCACUGUUGUCUGAGAUGGGCAUCCGAAACAAAUCAAGGGUCACGUUUGUGAAGCGGCUCAGAGCGAAGGGUACUGUUAAGAGGUCAGUUAUCAAAUCAAAUCAUAUUCAUUCAUUAAUUAAUACAUGUAAUUCAAUUAAUUUAUUCAUACAUUGACGCUACAACAGUAGCGGAAUGAAAAUAAUAGGCGCUAGCUCAAUAUUUCUUCUAUUACUAAAUUUAGUAUAAUAAAAUGUCCAAAAUUUAUGUAUUUAUUUAUUCCAUGAAAACAUAGAAAGGCUCACAGACAAACUCCAGUACGAGCCUUAAUGACAUAUUUGAAAGUAUAACAUUACAAUUAACAUACAAAAAAUAAAACAAAAGGAAAUAAUAUCGCACUUCAUUAAAUAUUUACGAUUCAGAGGCGAGGCGUCCGGUCAUCUCUGGAUUCGCCGAUGACUGGACAGAAAUUGCUAUGUAAUGUUUAUAUUAUUGGAUUGAAAAUAUUGAAAAUAAAUACAAAAAAAAGGUGAAGAAACCAAAAGAGAAACAUUUUUUGCGAGCGCGCCAAGUUCGACUUAAGUAGACAACUGCAUCAUCAGUUCCAUCCGUUCAAUGUGAUUCUCAAAAAUAUGCGAUUCCAGUAAUGCUAUUUAGCAUUGGUUACCACCACUCUUCUGCAUCAUCACUCUCCCUCUCCACAUAAACGAUGGUGGAGUAAACGGUCAAAGACAUCGCUAUUUUCUGCGAUUCCACUGUUCCGCGCCAGUGCUGCAAACCAUACGAUAAUUAUUUUGUUUGCAAUUUGUUAUUGAUAAUAAUUAUUAUUAUUUCUUCUAUGUUUGGUUUUGAAGCAUCUAAAUUUAAAAAUCUACUCUGUGAAAAUAAUUAAGAACUGAAAAUUUUGUGAAGUGAACAACUAAGUACUAAAGUGAACAACUAAAGAAUAAACCUAUUUUGGACUAUGUGUAACCUUUUCUAAAUUUGGGAGAGGAAUAGCACAAGGUUUCCUUAUUUUUUUCUCUCCCUGUCAUUUUUGAUGGUGUACUUGUUGUAUGAAUCAAUAUAGAAUAAAGAAUUUCAUUUUUCUAAUUAACUUGAGGGCCAGUUUCCGAGCUUGAGAUCUAGCCAGGUUCUAUAGUUUUCAACUCUAGGGUUUUGAAUAGUAAGCUUAUCUUAUACUAGAUGUCAUCUUUCUCGAUAAAUAAUCGUCCAAAAUGGAACGUUAUCUUUAAAGUAGGGGAGGGGUGCAGCUUUCAUUCAAACUUUCAACUGAAUUGUUCCUGGAGAUGACUGAGCCAAAAAGUCACGCCUCGCCCCUGUUACGAUUCAGUGUAACUAAUAAGAUUAGAUGAGAAGGAUAUUUGGGUUAGAUUCAGGAAAGUUAGUAAAGGGGUAUAGGAUGAAAAAUAUGAAUAAUUAUACAAAGAAAGAAGAAUCAUUUGAAAAAGGAGAGUUAGUAAAGCUCAAAAAUAAUAAUUUAUUCAUCAAUUGAGCAGCAUAAUUUUUCACAAGAUUUUUCAAUGUAUUGUAGCGGUCAUAGAAGGGGUCAAGGAAUGGGUUUAGUCUAUUGUACAAUCUCAUUGAUCUACGUAUUUAGGUAGGAAUUGAAAUGUUGAGCGGUUCUGACAAACGGUAUUUGAAAUAGCAUAUCAAUAUGUUUGUAUGAUAUAAUAUAAAAUAUGGUUAUCUUCACAUUACGACACCAAUUUUCACUUGAAAAUUAAUAACUGCUUUUAUUAUGAUUUCUAAUUUUGAUAGAUUAAUGAUCAAAUCAUUCAUAAUUGUCGGAGAUGACUACAACCUACGCCCAAAACUGUUUCCCAAAUUUUGGUUAAUAACAU